AUGCUUGGUGAUCUGGAAGAAUCAGAUUCGUCCGAUAGCGCUUCCGAGACGCAGAAUCAUAUCCUGCCGACACCUUUUUCCCAGAAUCAUAGCAACCACAACAACAACAGAGUUCACCAGUUAUCAUCCUCUUCUUUAUCCAGUGAAAUAAUUGACGAGGAUCUUUUGUACAAACGCAUUUGGAAAUACCAGAUUGAAAAGCUGGUGGGCAGCGGUGCAUUUUCCAAGUUUCUCGAUCAUCCCAAUAUUGUCAAACUUGAAGCGACCAUGGAAACACAGCACUAUCUGUGUAUCGUUCUUCAAUACGUAGAGGACGGAGAACUAUUUGAUUACAUUCAAGCCAUGCAUCAGAAACUCGCUCAAAAAGAUCAAAAGGUCGAUGAAGCGCUCAUCAAAAAUCUGUUUCUUCAACUUGUCCACGUGGUGGGUUGGAUGCAUGAACACAAUCUCAUCCAUCGCGAUCUCAAGCUCGAAAAUAUUCUGAUACAAAUGGUAGACGGUCAUCCUCAUCUCAUGGUGGCCGAUUUUGGGCUUGCAAGAGUGGUAGAACCAGGCGGUCCAAAACUGACCACACGGUGCGGCAGCGAUGAAUACGCGGCCCCGGAAAUUGUCCAAAGCUUGCCGUACGACGGUCGUGAGACCGAUACAUGGGCAUUGGGCGUCAUUUUAUACGCCAUGUUGGUCGGCUAUCUUCCUUUUAUGUACCAGAAUGAACGCGGAGGAAAACUAUCCCAUCUCUUUCACCGCAUCAUUCGAGCCGAAGUCAAAUGGCCCGUGGUUGCCGAUCCUACCAAGGAUAUCAGCCCACAAGCCAAAGACGUCGUCCAUCGUAUCCUCGUCCGACGUCCUGAAAAGCGUAUUCGGCUGCAGGACAUUGACCAAUUGCCUUGGUUCACCGACCCAGCCCAAUGA